AUGUGCAAAGAUUCUACCUGCUUUUUGACCAUGAAGGAGACAGACCUGGAGGCUGUUGCAACAGCAGUCCAAAGGGUUGCUGGGAUGCUUCAGCGCCCAGACCAGCUGGACAAAGUGGAGCAGUAUCGCAGAAGGGAGGCUCGGAAGAAGGCUUCUGUGGAGGCCAGGCUAAAGGCGGCAAUCCAGUCACAGCUAGAUGGGGUACGCACAGGCCUAAGCCAGCUUCACAAUGCACUGAAUGAUGUCAAGGAUAUCCAGCAGUCUCUGGCUGACGUCAGCAAGGACUGGAGGCAGAGCAUCAACACCAUUGAGAGUCUCAAGGACGUAAAAGAUGCAGUGGUACAGCACAGCCAGUUGGCCGCAGCUGUGGAAAACCUCAAGAAUAUAUUCUCCGUGCCUGAGAUUGUGAGGGAGACCCAAGAUCUCAUCGAACAAGGGGCUCUCCUGCAGGCCCACCGGAAGCUAAUGGACUUGGAGUGCUCUCGGGACGGGCUAAUGUGUGAGCAGUACCGCAUGGACAGUGGGAAUAAACGGGACAUGACCCUCAUUCAAGGCUACUUUGGUAACACACAGGGGCUCUCUGAUGAGCUGGCUAAGCAGCUGUGGAUGGUGCUGCAAAGAUCACUGGUUACUGUCCGCCGCGAUCCCACCUUGCUGGUCUCCGUGGUCAGGAUCAUUGAAAGGGAAGAAAAAAUUGACAGGCGGAUACUUGAUCGAAAAAAACAAACUGGGUUUGUUCCUCCUGGGAGGCCCAAAAACUGGAAGGAAAAAAUGUUUGCCAUCUUGGACAGAACUGUGACAACUAGAAUUGAAGGCACACAGGCAGACACCAGAGAGUCUGACAAGAUGUGGCUUGUGCGCCACCUGGAGAUCAUCAGGAAGUAUGUCCUGGAUGAUCUCAUCAUUGCCAAGAACCUGAUGGUCCAGUGCUUCCCUCCCCACUAUGAGAUUUUUAAGAACCUCCUGAGCAUGUACCACCAGGCCUUGAGCACUCGGAUGCAGGACCUGGCGUCAGAGGACCUUGAGGCCAAUGAGAUUGUGAGCCUCUUGACAUGGGUCCUAAAUACCUAUACCAGUACAGAGAUGAUGGGGAAUGUGGAGCUGGCCCCAGAAGUGGAAGUUAGUGCCCUGGAGCCUCUGCUCUCUUCAAGUGUGGUCUCUGAGUUGCUUGACACAUACAUGUCAACACUCACGUCCAACAUCAUUGCCUGGCUUCGAAAGGCACUGGAAACAGACAAGAAAGACUGGAGCAAAGAGACAGAGCCAGAAGCAGACCAGGAUGGCUACUAUCAGACUACACUUCCUGCCAUUGUGUUCCAGAUGUUUGAACAGAAUCUCCAAGUUGCUGCUCAAAUAAGUGAAGAUUUGAAAACAAAGGUGCUGGUUUUGUGUCUUCAGCAAAUGAAUUCUUUCCUAAGCAGAUACAAAGAUGAAGCCCAGCUUUACAAAGAAGAGCACUUGAGGAACCGGCAGCACCCACACUGUUACGUGCAGUACAUGAUUGCCAUCAUCAACAACUGCCAGACCUUCAAAGAAUCUAUCGUCAGUCUGAAAAGGAAGUACCUGAAAACUGAAGCAGAGGAGGGCCCGUGUCUGAGUCAGCCAAGCAUGGAUGGGAUUCUAGAUGCCAUUGCUAAGGAAGGCUGCAGUAGUCUGCUAGAGGAAGUCUUCCUGGAUCUAGAGCAACAUCUGAAUGAACUGAUGACAAAGAAGUGGCUGUUAGGGUCAAACGCUGUGGACAUCAUCUGUGUCACUGUAGAAGACUAUUUCAAUGACUUUGCCAAAAUUAAAAAGCCAUAUAAAAAGAGGAUGACGGCUGAGGCACACAGGCGUGUGGUGGUAGAAUACCUGCGGGCUGUCAUGCAGAAGCGUAUCUCCUUUCGAAGUGCUGAAGAACGCAAGGAGGGUGCUGAGAAGAUGGUCAGAGAGGCUGAACAGCUCCGCUUCCUGUUCCGGAAGCUGGCAUCUGGAUUUGAUGAAGAUGCGGAUGGACACUGUGAUACAAUUGUUGCAGUGGCAGAGGUUAUUAAGCUCACAGACCCUUCUCUGCUUUACCUAGAAGUCUCAACUCUGGUCAGCAAAUAUCCAGACAUCAGAGACGACCACAUUGGUGCAUUGUUGGCAGUGCGAGGAGAUGCCAGCCGGGACAUGAAACAGACUAUCAUGGAAACACUGGAGCAGGGCCCCAUGCAAGCAAACCCCAACUAUGUACCCAUCUUCAAGGAGAUUGUUGUGCCGAGUCUAAAUGUGGCAAAACUCCUUAAGUAGCCCUGUCCUCCACUGUCUCGUGUGUCUUCACUGUGGGGCUUCAUGUUGCCACCCUAAGAAGCAAAUUUAUUAAAACAAAAGUCCUUCUCUGGGUGCUCCAUAUAAUGUCAGUUUCACGUGCCUAUCUUCUGUGUUGUCAUACUGUUCUCUACUGUAAAACCCUCUUGGUCACUUACGUCAUUGUGAAAAGAUGAGUAGUGAACAUCACUUGUCCUUUCCUGCUGAGGUCUUGCCCUGCUUAGGUAACACACUUUGAACCUCUGCCACUUGAUUAAAGGGCAGGAAAGCAAGAGAGCUUCUCAUUCUUAGUUGUUCUGACUGGUUGUGAUACUGCCAUGUCCAGAAGCUAUAGGUCAUCAGAUCUCAGCUGACUGUGGAUAGUCCUGAGCAGUCUCUGGGACCAAGGUCUACCUUGGCCUUUCUGCUUUUCUGUCUGUCUCUAGACCAGCUGCUCAGUCCUCUUGGCAGGGGAAAAACACAACAAAAACUUCACCUGCUGAACCAGUGAGCCCCACCCAGGUGAGCAAGACCUUAUAUGGGCUGAGUGCAAUCUGGGUCAGUUAUACAAAGAGGAUGAGAAUUGUCGUAAGUAAAAAUUUUGGGUCAAAGUAUAUGUGAAAACAAGUAUUUAAAAUAUGUGUUAGGAUAGCCGGGCAGUGGUGGUGCAUGCCUUUAAUCCCAGCACUUGGGAGGCAGAGGUAGGAGGAUCUCUAUGAGUUCAAGGCCAGCCUGGUCUACAAGAACUAGUUUUAUGUCAUGCUCCACAGCUACAGAGAAACCCUGUCUCGAAAAACAAAAAAUAAACAAACAAAAAGAA